AUGCAUACUCACGACCUAUCUAAUCAAGAGUUCUCAAAUUCUCAAGGGAAUAACGAAAAAUUAAAUAUACAAUCAAGGAAGAACACUAACGUUAUUGACGAUAACCCGGCUGAAACCGACUUCAUUAUCAACGAAAUACCUCCAAAUAGUACUACAGUCACAGUAAUUAAAACAUUACCACCAACUCCUGAUAAAUAUGUAAAUCCAAAAGUUUCGCCGUUCGAUAGAAAAUUUUAUGAUAUUACAAAUUUAGAAAAACUUUGGAACAUGCCAAUGAUCCAUCCGUACAAACGUAGACCUACUUUUAAGUUUUGGUUCACGUUAUUUUUUCUGGUUUGCCUUAUUUUAUUUGUUGUUGCAAUAGGAGAAUUGUUCUCUUCAUCUCCCAAUGGUUCUGAAAUGAAACAUUUAAAAUAG